AUGUUUAUUAAAGUCGCCUAUGGAUACAAACAAGGGCAUGUUUUUAACAUUAACUGCCAAACCGGACCGUUAAUAGAUGCAAUCAAAAAACAAGCAUAUGCAGACAUAGCUGCAUUGAUGACUCAAAAGCAGAACCAAUUUAUAAAAGAAAUCGAAGAUAUCACAAAAAAUAUUGAAGGGAAACAGAAAAAGUUAAACAGAUUGGAAAAUAACGCACCCGUUGAAGAAGAAAAAGUGCCUGUUGCUGUGGAAAGACCUGCUUAUAGCAGACGGAGAAGAGUUGGAAAAGAAGAAAAAAAGAAAGAAACAGCCGAAAUAGAAGAAGCAAAAAAAAUAGAAGAAGCCAAAAAACUUGAAGAAGCUAAAAAACUUGAGGAAGCUAAAAAAGAAGCGGAAAAAGCAAAGUCUAAAAAAGAAGAAACCAAAAAAGGCAAAAAAGUUGAAGAAGCCAAAGAAUUAACCCCUGAAGAAGCAAAGCAGCAGAAAAUUAAUGCAUUGAAAGAGGAUUUAAGAAGGCAAAUUUCUGAUUUAUCUGCAAGAGUCGAAAAAAUUAAUGAAAAAUUGCACUUGUUAGCCAGCUUCCAAGAAAAAUACCAAAAUCCGCCAGGCGAUGUAGAUGUUUUAGAUCCAACUGGAAAUCGAAAAUUUUUGAAUCAAAGACUAGACGACCAAGCGAUAACUCUUUUAAAUAACAAAACUGUGUACCAGCUUGUAAUUGUAGAGCCAGAUUCUAACGUAAACCCUUAUGAAAUUGAUGGAUUUUGUAUCAGAACGAUUGAAGAAGACGCUAAUUAUGUUGAAGAGCCAGACCCGAAAUCAAAAGGAAAAGCGAAGCCUAAAAAGAAAUAA